AUGGCUGGAAAGUUUGCAAAAGGGGGACCUCCUGGAAUGGGUAUCGGUCUGAAAGUCGUAGCGGUGGUCGGUGCGGCGGCUUAUGGUAUUUCGCAAUCUCUGUUUACCGUAGAAGGUGGUCAUCGUGCUAUUAUGUUUAACAGAAUAGGAGGUAUCCAACAACAUGUUAUGACUGAAGGUCUGCACUUCCGCAUACCAUGGUUUCAGUACCCCAUCAUUUACGAUAUUAGAUCACGACCACGCAAGAUAUCAUCGCCUACUGGGUCCAAAGAUUUACAAAUGGUCAACAUAUCCUUGCGCGUACUGUCUCGUCCUGAUUCAAACAGUCUACCAAUAAUGUAUCGACAGCUUGGCACUGAUUAUGAUGAAAAAGUUUUACCAUCAAUUUGUAAUGAAGUCCUAAAAUCUGUUGUGGCGAAAUUUAACGCUUCUCAGUUGAUUACGCAGCGACAGCAAGUUUCGCUUUUAAUAAGACGUGAACUUGUUGAACGCGCAGCUGAUUUUAACAUAAUUCUUGAUGAUGUCUCCCUCACUGAAUUAAGUUUUGGUAAAGAAUAUACAGCUGCUGUUGAAGCUAAGCAAGUUGCUCAGCAGGAAGCUCAAAGGGCCGCUUUUGUUGUUGAAAGAGCUAAACAGGAGAGACAACAAAAGAUUGUCCAAGCUGAGGGUGAAGCAGAAGCAGCUGAAAUGUUGGGCAAGGCAAUGGGAAUGAAUCCUGGCUAUCUUAAGUUGCGUAAAAUUCGUGCUGCUCAAAGUAUUUCUAGAAUGAUUGCUCAAUCACAAAACCGUGUCUUCCUUCCUGGCAACAGUUUGAUGAUCAACUUGCAAGAUCCUACCUUUGAUGACCUUUCAGAAAAACUUACUAAGAAGAAGUAA